AUGGUGCUCAGCAACCCCCUCGGUCCUUCUCUCGCCCCUGCUAUUCUUAAGAGCAGGGGGCUAUACAGAUACGUGAAGCCCUUCGCCGAUUGGUACGCUGGCCUGUCUGGCUACAGGAAGGUCGGCUACAAAUACGAUGACUUGCUCGUUGAGGAGCGUGACGACGUACAGAGGGCUUUGACGCGCUUGACUCCUCGCGAGGCAUACGACCGCCAGUUCCGGUUGAAGCGGGCUUCACACUGCAGUGUCCUCCACGAUGUCCUUCCCAAGGAGCAGUGGACAAAGCCCGAAGAGGAUGUCCGCUACCUCAAACCCCACGUAGAAAGCGUAGAGAAGGAGGCGCUCGAGAGAAGGGCCUGGGACAACAUGGUUCUCUCCAAGAAGUAA